GGACUUAUAUUGAUUAGAGUUCGUCCGCCCCUUCUUAGAUUAUCUUUUUUACAAUCAAUAAUAUUUUCUGGUGAUUUCAAAUAUAAUCACGUAGUUCGUAGACCCGAUUCGCUUCUGGCAAGGUGCAGUUUGUUUGUUUUUUUAUCAGAUGAAUCGCAUUCAACCUUCUUUCAAUUUGUAUAAUUUUUAGAGGAAUUGAGGAAGAUUUCACAGGAAGACGACAAGAUGAUUUGAACAGUUUUGAUGAACAGUGAGAUCGCGUCGGGCAUAUUUUAUAUUACACUUACAUCCAGUCUUUUCCUCGAGAAACUCUCCAGCCAUGGCGGCAUCACAGUACGACAAGCUGCGGGAGAAAAACAAAAAGUACCCUAACAUCGACAACCAUUACAAAUACAACCGAUUGGUGAUGGAGGAUACGUGUGCAGCUUUGUAUGGCAUCAUCCUGCAAGAUAUAAGGAUGGGAAAAGCUGAACUCCUCAAGGAAGCCAAGUUCAUCCAGGGACGUCUGUAUGAGACACUCACCUACAUCCUUGAGAGACAAGGAAAGACUCUAGACCAGGUCAUGAUGGAGUUCGAACAUUCGAAGAUGAAGUACCUUCGAAGUCGUACCAUCGUUCAACCUCGUAUUGAUAUGGUGCUUGCCCAACAAGAACCACAGCAACAGCUCAUAACAGCAAUAAUGAUCAGAAAACGAACAGCGGGCUACGAACCUGAUGUGCGCAGUGUUCGCUCGGACAUGGCUAGGUUAGCCUACCUCAUCCUGGAGAAGGUCUUCCGCUUCGCCUUUUACAUCUGGAUCGGAACGCUGGAAGAGCUCCGGCACCAAGAGAUGACACACAGCCUGACCACGCUAUGCGAGGCCGAGGGCGAGAUCAAGAACCAUCUCGUCCUCCGUAAGCACACCCUGGUCAUGCCGAGGAUCGGUAAACCCAUCCCGUCAACGUUCAUGACGACGCUCUUGGUUAAUAAGAUCUCUCCUGAUUUCUGCGUGCGGCUCUAUAGGGUGGAACCGGAGUCCUCCAUGUGGGAUGAUAGGGAGGAUGACGUCACAAGGUUACAUGAUUUUUAUAGCAGUAAUUCUCAGCUCAAUACAGGCUAUGGUAUGUGGGGUAUUAGUGGUCAGAUAAGUAACGUUAGGAACCAAGUCAAGAAAGUUCGUGACUAUGUCGAGGCAAAUCUCUUCGACCGUGCUCGAGCGAUGCUGAUGAUGGCUCGAGUGAUGUUCACCGAUCUCCUGGUCGUGAAGAACCUUGAGAAAGACGACGCAGAGGAGACAGACUACCUCAAACAUCUCCUGGAUGAACUCAAAGUCGAAAUUCAGCAGGAAUUGGAGAAAAGAGAAGGAUUGUCGACAUCGGAAUCGGACGAGAGUGAUGAUUGAAGACAUUGACGAUUUCGAUCAUGAUCAUGAAGAAUACUGAAGAGUCACAAUGGACAUUAUAUAACAAAGAGGGGCAGGCGUUUGGGUAUGUGUGUGAAAGAUAGUGAGAGAGAUAAGAAGAAGGAUUUAAGAUAAGGUGAAAAACUAUGUAGACAGACAGAGGGAAGAAGAUUUAUAUGGCGCUUGUUUAUAUUAUUAAUGCCAUAUUUUGUACAAUCAAUAAAGUCAGAAUAAACAGUAGAUGGAAUUUUCUUUCAAGUAGAAAUAGGUAAAGAGGGGCAGAGUGAGAGAGUGAGAGAAAAAAAAGUGAGACGAGAACAUGGGGAAGAGAGAGAGGGGGGGGGGGGAGAGAGAGAGAGAGAAAGAGAGGGGGAAAUGGGGGAGGGGAUCAGAGGUAGGGAAAGAAGAUGGAUAGAUGGGAUUAAAACUGAAUAUGGUAAGAGAAUAGGGAAGUGAGAUGUUAUUGUCGUUGAGUAUUGUUGACAUUAAUAUUGUUUAUAUAUUUUGUAUUAUUGAAUAAACUGCAAGUGCAAUAUUCUUGCAAAAAAUAGUACGAGAUGUUAAAUGUCAACGACUCUUCCUUCAUAAAAUAGGUAUUCAUUUCGUAAGUAACGAGAUUCAUUGGCAGUUGCACUUGGACUCGACCAAUUUUUACCGAGUUUCAUUCAUUCAUUCAUUCACUUGUAUGUUUAUUCAUCACUUAUUUAUCUAUCUAUAUAGCCUAUUCAGUGCAAACUGCUUUACAAAUCUUAAAGUCAUCCAACUAUGCUAACUUUAUCAUUGACGUAAUAACUAUGGAAGUCUGGAUUGUGAUUGGCUGCUGAGCCCUGUUACCAUGGCAGUUUUCAUGAUAUAAAAAAUGCCAUAGAUGUAGCUCUUCAUUAAAAGGGAACAAGUUGUUAGAAUAAAACUUUUUUGAAUGAAACUCACUGAAAGAUCUUGCACAUGUAUUGUUCGUCAUUUAUGUUUAUUAAUAAAUACAAAUUAAUAAAAAUCAAAUGCAAAAAAUAAGAAACGAAAUGAUUCAUUUAAACAUUAAAUUCAAAUUAUACUCUCAG